AAAUAAGUACACAAAUGAGACAGCACAAUGACUCGGUCUUAUCGCUAUGAAGCGAUAUCUUCACGACGACCUAUAGGACGUAGGACAGUGAAGGGAUUGCGAUAAUACCUACUUAAUAGGGACUUUUUGUUCAUUAAUAACAUUCGUGUAAAGCCUGCUUUCUUCUUUGCUACUGACAACAAUCAAUGUCACACAUAAUUGUGAAUGUCAUUUUGAUGCGAUUUUAGGAUUAAUUAUAACCACGCUAUUUAUAUUACUCGAGUAUUAUUAUCAUUUUAUCAACGUUAUAAAAAUAUACAACAUACAAGAUGCGAACCAAAAACCCUAUGGCUAAAAAGCCGCAACAGAUUUUAUUCUCGAAGAAUUGUUACGGGCCCAAGACUAAAGUCGAGAACUGGGAUUUUGCGAUACACGCGGAGAAAAAGGACAACUACGUGUAUCGGGACAACUUGAGCAACCACGUGAGCACUUACGUGCGAUGGGGCAACGAGGACCAAGGCGUGAGGAUGACGGAGACGCGGCACAUGCUCGCACAAGUGUUCACCAAGACAGACCCAGUUUACUCGUUCAAGCCACUGGUUAACUUUACAUCCUACCCCUGCACAGAUACACCUGGGAGAAACAAAUUAAUGAAAAAUGCAGAUCUAGCACAGCUGCCAGCUGAUUUUGGAGUGAUGGAUUAUCUGUCAAACCAACAGGACGAUUACCGAAAUCCCUAUCCAUCUGUUGCUAAACCGUUAAUGAUGGAGACUCCCCAGUGGCUGCUGAACCGUGUGAUUCGUUCGGACUUGACGCACAACCACGGCACGGCCCCGCCCCGCGGCGACUACCAGUGCCUGGACACGCACACGCCCAUCGGACACAUCCGCCAAAUGAGGCUGUUCCGCUACCAAUCCUUCAACCCCGCCACAUGUCUUCAAGACUUUCCCACCUUUGAAAAAUCUUUAGACAACAAUGAAACGAAAAAUUAAAAAAUACAAACGAUUUAUUACACGACAUAAAAGCAAAAGUUUCUUAAAAUAAUAAAGACAAAAAUAAUAAUUAAACAAAACAUACGAAUUCAAACAAAACUCAUCAUAUCUUCAAUAUAAUAACCACAAAACAAUUAAGAAAUAAAAAAUAUAGGAACACAGGAUUCCAUUAGAAACUUGAUUUUCUGAAGUGAAUUACACCUAGUUUCUAAUUGAUUUAUGCCCGAGCCGGAAAAAAUCGUUGUUUGACAGUAUUAAAAUAAAUACGUAUGUAGGUAUAUUUUAUAAAAUUAUUUGUAAAUUCUCACUCUAUUAAAUACAAAAUUAAAUGAAUGAUCCUUAGUUAACUUGUUUCAUUUGCUAUAUUGUUAACUCAUAGUUAUUAUUCUACUAA